UAAAAAACAAAGGACUGAGUGUGAGCGUAAACAUCUACCAGGGAAAGCGGAGCCCAAUGUGGCCUAAGCGAGCCGCAAGCGACGCAGCCGUGACGUCACUGCAACUCCUCUAUACUAGGCACAGAUUCCUUGUUCAGAUUAAAAUUGGCUCCCAGUACAGAGGAACCCUGCAGCCCUAGCCAUGGCUCAUGACGCCUUAUUUGACAUGAAGAACCCUGCCAUGACCCUGGUGUGGAGGACAGCCUUUGACCCCAAAAUGAAGAGAGAGAAAAUCAGGAAGAAUAGAGAGGUCCGCACUGUGAAAGUUGACAAGAUUUGUGACAACCUUAAGCAAGUGAUUGGUGACCAGGGGACGAAGCUGGACAGUCGGACUUUCUUUAAGACAAGCAUGAUAUUGAGUGGUGCUCAGAGGAUCCAUAGCAUGCAGGCAGAUCUCCUCCUGGAUGAUACCAAAAAACUACUAAAUACCAUGAAGAAAGAGAGAAAAGUUAUGCAAAAGUUUGACUCAGUGCUGGAUUGCCGACCCAGCCAUGCCAAGACAGUGAGGCUGCCCUCUCUGGACAUCACUGCCUCCCCACAGACCUUGCGCCGUCCCAAAGCCACCAAGGUGCUUGACUUAGACUGGCAUACCCUGGAUUGUGACAUCGAUUGGACUUCAGGGCCUCCCCGGGCACGUAUGCAGGACAUUACCUUGCCAGAUGACGAUGUGCCCUACAGCCCUCAGUUCAUGGCUGAACUGGAGCAUCUGCGUGCUCAGGAGGCUAACCUGGAGGGCCCCACCUUGUUGGACUGGGAAAUGAAUGGCUUCCAGGCUGAUGAAGAGAAGUCAGGGGAGGCAGCAGCUGUUGACACCUUACUAACAGCAGUGCCAGAGGAGGAGCAGCAGCAGCCAGUAUUGCCCACGAUGAUGGUUGAAGCACCUGUAGAGGCUGCCACACUAGAAGAGCCUGCAGCCCCCACUGUGAUGAUAACUGAUGAAGCACCAGAAGAAGCUGCCACACAGGAAAAGCUUGAGGUCCCCACUGCCCCACAGCCUGAAGACUUGCAGCAUUCUGAACAGCCUACUGAGCCUUCCCAACCUGAGCAGCCCUCACAGAUUGAGCUUGAAUCUCUGGAAGGAAGUGACAGACAGCUCCCAGCCCCCAGAGUGAGGCAAGCAAGACCCACAAUAGAUCCCGUGUGUAUCUUGUCCAGGGAUGUCAUGCGAAUGCAGAUAAAGGAAUACAUUGACACCAUGAGGACUCAGACAUCAUUAGGAGACACGGCUGACCUAGGAAAGUUGCAUCAAGCCAGGAGAGACUUCUUUCCCACCAAGCCAGUGCACCGGAGGGUCAUAGCAGAUGUCCUGGUGAACCUCUUCCGUCCCUGUGAGGGGGAGGCGAUGUUUGCUGAGCCAGAGUCACCCCUCCAUCAAGGUGCUGAGGAAUUUGUACGUGAUGCAUCCCACAGUGAAGUGAAAGAUCUGUCAUCAAUUCUUAGCGUUCAUCAGGACACUACCGAGAGUUCCCGUUCCAAGACACUCCUUGAGGCACCAUCAGGAUUGUUUGAGGAGGUGCCCUCCCAGCUGCAGCCCAUUGAAGAACUUGAGUCUCCAAUGCCACCACCAUCACCAAGAGAAGCAUCCUCAGCAAGAAAGAAGCCAGGGUCAUCACCAACAAAAAAAAGAAAAAGACCCUCAGCAACAGAAAUGCCAGAAUUAGAACAAGAGAUGCCUCCUGUUGAAGAACCAGUGCAAAAGAUGGCUACUGCUGAGGAAAGAGCUGAGUUGUCAAUCUCAUCAUCAUCUAAAGACAGCAUGACUAAGAUUGAUGAGAUGACUGAAAUUAUUUUGGAUUUCUUGGAGCGUCAACCAGAGGUGCUCUUCAGUGACUUGCUGGUGGAAGACGCAGGAGAUAGAGAAGCAGCUGCAGUGUUUUCACAUGUAUUGUUAAUGUUCAAGAAUGGCCUGCUAGAUUUGCAUCAGGAAAGUGGCUUUGGACCCAUCUCUGUCAGUCUUCCCUCAGCUGACCAGGAGUGAAGGGAAUGCUGUCCAGUGUGCAUGGGGAAGAGUGCCUUCAGAAUGUUGUGUUUCAGAGGAUUAUUUUUUUAUAUUUGCUUGAAUUUCAGAUGGUUAUUUUUUAUACAUGCUUGAUGUGUUAUUGGUUAUGUUACACAGUAAGGAGAUUUGCUUUUUGUUAGAAGUGAGGAUGCUUGCAUCAUUUGCAUAUGGGCCAAGGAGAUUUGUUUCUUGUCAGCUAGAAGUGAGGAUGCUUAUUUGCAUAUGGACUAUCUUGGUAAGCCUUCCCUAACCCAGCCAAGCAAGAGUAAUGGGAAUGCUGAUAGAAAUGCCAGGGAUGAUGAUUGCCUUCUUAAUGUUGUGUGUGUUCCAGAGGGAUUAGUUUUUUUUAUACAUGCUUGAAUUUAUGGGUUGUGUUACAUACAAUAAGGAAAAGAAACGACUGACAAAUCAUUGAAAAUAGGAGUGAGGAUUUUUUUUUAAUGAAAAAAUUUUAUAUAAAGCAUUUUUUAUAUGCUCAUUUAUUUAAGAUUUGUCAGGAAUGGGGGAUGUGCAUGGGUAAAAAAAAAUAUAAUACAUACACUUCGAGGCAUUACUGUCAACUAACCACCAGCUUCUUAAAUUUGUUUCUUGCCUGGUGUGGGAUAUGUGGAGGGGAUGUUUGCAUUUGCAUGUAGAGAGACCUUUGGAGCUUUCCCUGAGCUUUUUGCCUGGGGAUGUGAAUUUGCAUAUAGAACUUUAGAGCUUUCUCACCCAAGAUAGCUUAUAUUGUCUUGCCCGGGAGGAGUGCCUUCAGAAUGUUUUGGAUGAAGAUUAUCUUCAUACUCAAAGCAUUAGAUCAUAUGUGAAAUGUUAUUGUUAACUUACCUUUUGUUAUAUCCAUACAGACAAUGUUUAUUAUAUAGGCAAUAGCUUUCUUUAUUGGAUGAUAUAUGGAGAAUUUAUUGCUUUUUUCUGGAUAUACGAUUUUAAUUGAAUAUAGCUUUGACAUAUAGCUGAUGACUUUGGAGCUUUGACAUUUGUACAGAAAAGCGCAAGUAAAUUUCUUAUUUGCCAAA